UUCCAUCGUUUAUUUAUUCAGUCGGUGUUCUGCACCACAAUUGCACGGUUCAUUCAGCAACCGAGAAGCCCUCAAGAAACAGACCACAAAUUUGGGAUUAAGUUGCCGCUUUUAUUACUCUUUAACCUAAUUUUGUUUUCAGAGAAGAAAAACACCGGUUUCAGCGAUUUUCAGGGGAAAUCGGAGACGAUGGAAUCGAAAAAAGUGGCGAUAAUCGGAGCCGGAAUAAGCGGAUUAGCUGCCUGCAAAUUCACUUUAUCCAAAGGAUUUACUCCGAUUGUGUUCGAGGCCAGAGGCGACAUUGGCGGCGUUUGGACCGAGACGCUCCAGACGACGGCGCUGCAGACGCGGAAAGACAUGUUCCAGUUCUCCGAUUACCCUUGGCCGAAAUCUGUGACUGAAGCAUUUCCGAGAUAUAAUCAAGUUCUCGAUUACCUCAGAUCUUACGCUGAACAUUUCGGAUUGUUGAAGCAUAUCAGAUUAAACUCCAGAGUUCUUAGUAUCGAUUGUGAAGGCUGCUCUGAUGAGGAGAUUGAAGGUUGGAGUUUUUGGGGCGGCUCCGGCGACGCUUUCGCUGAAGGGCGUAAAUGGAGGCUCAAUAUCGUUGAUGCUCGAACUAAUGUUCCGGUCGAGGAGGUGGUGGUAGAUUUCGUAGUACUCUGCAUCGGCAGAUUCAGCGACGUUCCAAACAUCCCUGAAUACCCUCCCAAUGGAGGCCCCGAAGCUUUCAAAGCCGGUAAAGUUCUUCAUUCUUUGGAAUUUUCCGCCAUGGAUUUCGACACUGCUUCGAAUCUCAUCAAGGACAAGCAAGUCACCAUCGUCGGUUUCAUGAAAUCCGGUAUCGACCUCGCCAUGGAAUGCGCCAACGCCAAUGGCCCAAAGAAACCCUGCACGGUGCUCCACAGAACCAAGCACUGGAGCAUUAUUGAUUAUUAUGCAUGGGGGAUCCCUCUGGCUUUUCUCUACAUGAAUCGAUUCUCCGAGCUUCUGAUUCACAAACCUGGCGAGGGUUUCCUUCUCUAUCUCAUCGCCCUCCUUCUUUCCCCAAUUAGAUGGUUGUUCUCUAAGAUCGUGGAAACCUACCUUACGAAGAAGCUAGGAUUGGCCAAAUACGGGAUGAUUCCGACCCAAAGCUUUCUGCAGGAUAUCAGCUCGUGUUUAUUUGCAAUAAUGCCUGAGAAUUUCUACGACAAAGUGGAGGAUGGAAGCAUUAUCCUUAAGAAAUCACAGGGUUUCAGGUUUUGUGAAGAGGGGAUCAUGAUCGAAGGAGAGACCGAACCGAUUCGCUCAGAUUUGGUCAUUUUGGCUACUGGAUUCAAAGGUGAUCAAAAGCUUAAAGAGAUAUUUGCUUCCUGUACGUUUCGAGAUUACAUGACGUUUCACGAUUUAGCAGUUCCCAUGUACAGGCAAUGCAUUCACCCUAGAAUCCCACAGCUAGCUGUGAUUGGAUUUUCAGAAAGCGCUUCAAACUUAUACACCUCAGAGAUACGGUGUCGAUGGUUGGCGGAGUUUAUGGACGGCACAUUCAAGCUACCGAGCAUCAAGGAGAUGGAGAAGGACAUAGCCAACUGGGAGAAGAGUUUGAAGCUUUACGCGGGGCCUUUCUACAAGCGAGCUUCCAUUGCCAUUUUGCAUAUUUGGUACAAUGAUCAGCUCUGCAAAGACAUGGGGUGGAACCCUAGGAGGAAAAAGGGCUUCUUUGCUGACUUGUGUUUGCCUUAUGGCCCUUCAGACUAUGCCUCACCUUGAAAAGUGGGGGAGAAAAAAAAACUCUGGCCUAUUUGCCUAUCACAGCUGCAUUGCAAAGCUAUUUGAACACCUUCCUCCUGUUCUUAUGGCUUUUCAACCUGUUUUCUUUUUCCUCUCCACUUAUGUAAAUUAGUGAGAAUAAUCACUAAAUAAGAUAUUCUAUGUUAUUUCUAUUUUAUCCCUUGUGUUCAUGGAAUAAACUUGAUUAGUACAUGAUUGCUAUUUUAGUUCUAAGUUAUAAAGUAUGUUGGUUGGAAUGUGAA